AGCAAUGACUAAAUGUCUGGAGCAAUCACCACAAGAGAGCAACACAGUCUGAGCUUCACCACUUUUUCAGGAAGACGAAAGUUCUAAGAUUUCCUCUCAAAUAGAAAACGAAAAAGACUCAUCUGUUUGAGGAGCCGAACGCUGCUACCUCGCAGCAAUGAGUUCUCCGGCCAGCUUUGGCAGCAGCAUGCUGUUCCAGACUAUAAAUGACGACCUGAAUGCAUCACUGGCCACAGCAGAUGAGUUAUCCAGAGAGUUCAACUCCCUGCUGAAGGGGGCCUCGUCUGACAACAACAACACAAAGUCUCAGACGAGCGCUUUCAUCUUCAGCGAUAACCCCCAGUCCAUCCCCUCCAUCACUACGAGUGAGACAAUAGGCAGCAGUAAUGGCAGCUCUAAGCCUUUCUCCCCGAGCUCAACGACGUUCCAUUCCCUGGACUCCAUCUUCUCCAGCAACAGAAACGAACCGUCGCCACCCCCUGUCUUCACCACCAGCCCGCACUCAUCCCCCAAGAUCAAGAAGCAGGCACACUCUCCUCUCCCUCGAGCCGGAUCCGACAGCUACUCCUACGGCCAGCAGAGCCCCAAGCACUCGCCUCACUCCCCCAGGCGCAAUUCUCCCUCACGUUACGACAGGAGCCCACGGGGCUCCAUCAGUUACGCCGAUAGAAGCCCCUCACCGAGCCCCACGGCUGUUUCUUCCGACCAGACUUGGUCUGCCCCGGUCCACUCCUCCUCAAACACGCUGAGCCCUUACGACAGCAGCCAGAUGGGCCGCAGGUCGCCUCGCCUGGAUAGAGCCCGCUCUCCUUUGUACAUCAAUCACCCCAUGUCCAACACGCUGCCUCGAAAUUUUGCCGCUUUCAGGAAGUCUGAUGAGGGUGUGCAGCAGCAGCAAAAGAGCCCUGGCAAGUGGAAUGAGACAGAUCUGGACGUGUCCUACGAGAAGAAAUCUCACCACACCUAUGACAAGACAGAAUGGCUGCGGCCGUCUCUGCCAAGCAGCUGGAGAGAAUCCAACCUCGAUGGCCCUCCUCCGGCCCCAAGCCCCAAAAAGGAUCCUCGCUCUCCAUCUCUCAUUUAUUCCAACGCUUCUCUCCCCCGUAACAUACGCAUAGCCGUACCUCCGGAUGUUUCUUCCCCAGUCCACUCCCCUUACUACCCUCAACCCAUCAUCUCCCGCAUUUCCAUUCCCCCGACUUCUACUCAGACCCGCCAACGCAAGCCCAUCCCUCUCUCCGUCAUCAUGCGUCUCCAAAACCCCCACUGGGGAGCAAUGUCGACCCCAAACCCCAGAGUCCUGGGAGUGGAAGGCAACCUGGCACCGUACCCACCACCUAUGCCCUUCCCGAGGGAGUUCUUCCACAAACCUGUGCCCCAGCUGCUGCAACACCCACCUGAGCUGAGACAGCCCGCCGUAUACAGUGACGCGCUGAACUCGGGGGAUAUUGAAGCAGAGCUUGAGCGGCUGGACUUUGCUCAUCAGCUGCCUGUGAUCUCGGAGAAUCCCAACAUGCCAGAGGGCAGAAAGGAGGGCGCACCCCCAGCACCCCGGCCCCUCAGCCCCACCAGGCUGCAGCCAGUGGUGGACCCCGAGGCCCAGAGGCAGGAGAUUCCCAACCUGGAGGAGCUGCUCCGCAUGAGGGCAGAAAUUCCACGGGCCCUGAAGAGACGGGGCUCUGUGGACCAGUCACAGCCCCUGAAGAGGGCCUCCCACUACCAGCCCAACCAGUACAAGAAUCUCAUCAACAAGCUCUUUCGCAGGAAGGACCACCGACAGAGGGGGGAGCGUGGUAGUGAGACCAGCAGCUCCUCAGACGGAGAGGAAGCUGCUCCACCACCUGCACCUCUACCUGCACCCACGAUCCAUCCUGAUUUCAGAAGCUACCAUUCCAUCCUGCGGCGGUCCAAGCGGGAACACAAAAGUUCUGGGAGGCGAGCACGACUCAGCCCGCUUGUCUUGCUGCUGGACGGAGCACUGGUCGGAGAACUGGACACAGUGCAGAGGGCCGUGCAGGAGAUGAACGACCCUAGCCAACCAAAUGAUGAAGGCAUCACUGCCCUUCACAACGCCAUCUGUGGGGGCCACUACAACGUGGUGGACUUCCUGGUUCGCAUUGGAGCCAAUGUCAGCGCUCCAGACAGCCACGGCUGGACUCCGCUGCAUUGCUCCGCCUCUUGUAACGACCGUCCCCUGUGUGAGUUUUUGGUGAGGAAUGGAGCCGCAGUCAUGGCCGUGACGGAGAGUGACGCCGCCAUCGCCUCCCAGAAGUGCGAUCCUUACGCUGAAGCGUUUGAGGCGUGUGAGAACUUCCUGAAGGGUGUGGAGGAGGCCAUGGGGGUGGAGAACAGCGGCGUGCUGUAUGCUCUGUGGAGCUACCCGGCUCAGGCAGCCGACGAGCUGAGCUUCAAAGAGGGAGACAUGGUCACCAUCCUGCAGAAGCCCGAAGGGUCGGAUUGGUGGUGGGCCUCACUCUGUGGCAGGGAGGGCUUUGUUCCAAACAGCUACUUUGGGCUUUUCCCAAAGGUUCGACCCAAGUCUCUCUGCUAAGUGGUCUCUUGCUGAUGGUCAAAGUGGUGCAGAGGACUGUGUUGAACACUGUGCUCUACAGCUUCACACUGCUGUUAUAGGACUGUGUCUGUGUGAGUAAAAAAAGCCUGUGUUGCUGCAGAGCAUGGGAAAUGGUUUUGAUCUCAUGAUGGUCAGUCAAGGAGAGCUGAAGGAGAAGUCUCAGUAUUCAUUUUUCGCCUCACUGACAAGGAUACAUCUUUCUGGAACACUUCAUUUGUACUGGCUCUGCUGUGGGAUAUUUUUUCUUCUUCUAGUAAAGCUACAUCUCUGUACUGUGCGUAACCUCUUCUGUCCAGCUGUGCCCGUCCAUCCAAAGGUUACAAAAGGUUCAUAUUACCUGCUGUGUUCCAGUCAGACGUUGAUAUUUGUGACACGUUGGCUGGUUGGUAAUCAGAAUGCAAACAGUGGCUGUUGGUUGUUCAGUUCAGUGAGGUCAAUGUAGCUGUGUGCUGUCAACAAACACGGCUCGUGGUUGCUCCAUUUAGAAAAGAGCUGUUCCUAUCAGAGCUAAAUCAACCUUCUCAUUACUGGAGCAGAUGUUUUUAUUCUUUUUGUGAUAUUUCUAAAAAUGUACUCUAUGUACAUGUCACUGUUUUUGCAUAAAGUUGUAUCCGAUGGAGCCUACUAUAAACCACCCUUGUGAUUCUACCACAUAUUAUUUUUGAAGAGUGAUGUUUAAGUGUUUUUCUACCAAUGUGGCUGCAGACUUUACUUAUUUUUUAAAUCAGCCACAGCAGGAACGUAACUGCAUCUGGCUGGUUUCUACUUGGCUCUAGUUCGUAUACACAAUGUAUGUCCGUCAAGAUGCCCAUAUGAAUUAACCUCUUUGGAAGAGAAAGUGGUCUUUAUUUGGUGUAUGUGUUCGUAUUCACAGUGAAUGUUUGGUGAGGCAUUUGUUUAGUGUUUUUAGUAGUUUUCAGUUUUGUUGAUAGGGACUGCUGUGCACUUAACCUGUAACCCCUCUUAAGGGGAACACAGUGACCAAAUGUUUAAAUACUCAAUAAAUACAUAAGUCACAUGUUUCUUGGUUUCCAGUGAAAUCGUCUGUUAGGGUCGUGGGUUUGUGGCUUAAAAUGAGAAAUGUGAAAUGUCCCUUACCAACCAGCAGAUGACACUGUAUAAUCAAGUAUGAAUUCAACACAUAUUCAUCUGUCAACGCUACGAGCUAAAUAAAAACUAAUAUAUAGUAAAGAACCAUUUAUUGAGGCUGUUUUGUGCAGCAUCAGUCCUCUAUCUUGUGCGUUACAUUAA